AGCCACCCGCACCCGGAGGACUGCGACUGUGACCCGGGCGCGACUCGGUGCUGCUGCCCGCGGUGCUCGCCCCGCGUUCCUCCGCACGGACCCGCCUCGCACCUCCACCAUGGCGUCCACGAACACCAACCUCCAGAAAGCAAUAGAUCUUGCAAGCAAAGCAGCCCAGGAAGACAAAGCUGGGAACUAUGAGGAAGCUCUUCAACUCUACCAACAUGCUGUUCAGUAUUUUCUCCAUGUCGUUAAGUAUGAAGCACAAGGUGAUAAAGCCAAGCAAAGUAUCAGGGCCAAAUGUACAGAAUAUCUUGAUAGAGCAGAAAAACUGAAGGAGUAUCUGAAGAAAAAAGAGAAGAAGCCACAGAAGCCUGUGAAAGAGGACCAGUCAGGUCCAGUUGAUGAGAAGGGGAAUGACAGUGAUGGGGAAGCAGAAUCUGAUGAUCCUGAAAAAAAGAAACUACAGAAUCAACUUCAAGGUGCCAUUGUUAUAGAGCGACCAAAUGUGAAGUGGAGUGAUGUUGCUGGUCUUGAAGGAGCCAAAGAAGCACUUAAAGAGGCUGUGAUUCUGCCUAUUAAAUUUCCUCAUCUAUUUACAGGAAAGAGGACACCUUGGAGAGGGAUCCUGUUGUUUGGGCCACCAGGAACAGGAAAAUCCUAUUUAGCCAAAGCCGUUGCAACAGAAGCAAACAACUCAACGUUUUUCUCAAUAUCUUCCUCUGACCUUGUCUCUAAGUGGCUGGGGGAAAGUGAAAAACUGGUUAAGAACUUAUUCCAACUUGCCAGAGAAAACAAGCCUUCCAUUAUCUUCAUUGAUGAAAUUGACUCUCUGUGUGGCUCAAGAAGUGAAAACGAAAGUGAAGCUGCACGCCGAAUUAAGACGGAAUUCCUGGUUCAAAUGCAAGGAGUUGGUGUGGACAAUGAUGGCAUUUUGGUUCUGGGAGCUACAAAUAUACCCUGGGUUCUGGAUUCUGCAAUUAGGCGAAGAUUUGAGAAACGUAUUUACAUUCCUUUGCCUGAAGCACAUGCCCGUGCAGCCAUGUUUAAACUACACUUGGGCAGCACUCAGAACAGCCUCACAGAAGCAGACUUCCAAGAACUUGGGAGGAAGACGGACGGCUAUUCAGGAGCAGAUAUAAGUAUCAUUGUACGGGAUGCACUUAUGCAGCCUGUCAGGAAAGUUCAGUCAGCUACUCAUUUCAAAAAGGUUCGUGGACCCUCAAGAGCUGAUCCUAACUGCAUUGUAAAUGACCUGCUAACCCCCUGCUCUCCAGGAGAUCCCGGGGCUGUGGAAAUGACAUGGAUGGAUGUCCCUGGAGAUAAACUCUUGGAGCCAGUUGUUUCCAUGUGGGAUAUGCUACGGUCUUUGUCUAGCACAAAACCUACCGUCAAUGACCAUGACUUGUUGAAAUUAAAGAAGUUUACAGAGGAUUUUGGCCAGGAAGGCUAACGCAAAGGCAGCAAGACCAUGUUUACUCUGCAUUUCUUCUCUUUUGUAGGUAUUUUGCCUUUCUUGGAUGACAUUCAGAUUAUUUUCAGUAAAACUCUUUUACACAGGAAAACAUACAUCUCACUUCAGUGUUCCUUUAAGCUUGCGUUGUGCUUUUCCUACACUACCUGCUAAAUUCUCCAGUUAACAAAAGUUGUAAAAUUGUAAGGAGUGAGCCGUGGCAGAGAAUUCAAACAGUGAGGAGAGCCUCGAGCUUGGCUGGAUUGCCGCUUAGGGUUCAUGAGCACUCUCUCAAAGAGCAGAGUCUUUACUAUCUUUCUUCCUUUUUUUAAAGGAAAUUGCAAUAGGGCUAAAGCUAAUGAUAUAUAAAUACCUUGAGAAAAUCUUUAAGCGUUCUUAUCACUGUAAAGUUAUUGCUUUAUUAAAAAUUAAAAAUGGUAGACUCUUUACUCUCAGGGAUGGGCGGUAAAGCACAGAGCACUGUGAUGAUGGGGAGUUUGUGCCACAGCCAGUGCUCCCGCUGACUUUAAUGUGUUGGUUCUUCCUGUGUAGAUUAAAGUGAUUCCUCUAAAGCAGCAGGCUUUUAUAUCCACAUGACACUUUUCACUGUGCACUCGAGACUUUCUAAGUUAGUCAUCAUCUUCACCUUGAAGAAGAAAGUUGUCUACUUCAGUGUCUUUUUGUAGCCAAGAUUGACCAAAAGGUGGCAAAGAAGUAUACAUUUUUGUCUUGUUGUGAGAUGCUGUAAUGGGAACCUUUAAUAAUAAGAAAGUGGCUUCCCUUUGUACUUUAGGAUGUUUCCUGUGUAUGAUGUGGGUGUGGAUGUGUGUGUAUAUAUAUAUAUAUAUAUAUACAUAUACAUAUAUAAUUUUUUAAAUAUAGGAUAGCGAGAAUCUUGUCUUUUACUUUUAAGUUCAGGGAGCAGUUUGUCCUAGCCACACAAGCAUUAUCAGUAUGGUAUUUCAUGAAGCUUUAGAGAUAAACUGAUGUCUCAUUAAACAUAGCAUCAUGUUAUUUUAAUGUCUUCAAAUAAAUGAUCUGAGGGUGUGUGUCACACACUUGUGCACCAACUCUGAGUUGUGCCUUGGACAUUUGCAUUGACUACAUGCAAACAAUUACUAGAUUAACUAGAAUUGCUAAGCAGUUCUACCUUGCAAGUGCUACACAGUAAUUGCAUUUUAAAGUAUAUUUGCACAUUUUACAUGCUAUGCUAUAUGAUUGCCUUUAGGUUUUCUGUACAGAUUAUUUUUGUUGAUAUUCAAUGAAAAUUGUAGGCCUGAAAUAUACUGUUCUUAUGUGAAGUAAAUUGCUAUAACCUA